AUUAUUAUCUAUUGCAAACAUCACUAGUUUACUGCUGUCAUUCUCUCUGUAUUGCAGUGCAGCUUGCUUACUUUGCGUUGAAUUUCAGUGUUCUCUUAUCUCUGUUGAAAGGUUUUUAUUUAAGUGCUGAAAACAGAACAUACAUAAUGCAAGGUCUAAGUCUCCAGAGCUUGAAGAAGCACAAAGCUCUUAUCCCGCUGUACGUAUGCACGGCUCUCGGGUGUGGUGGCGCAGUGUUCUACCUAGCGCGGCUGGCGCUGCGCUCCCCCGACGUGUCCUGGAAUAAGAAGACCAACCCUGAACCCUGGGAAGAAUACCGCAACAAGCAGUACAAGUUCUACUCACCAAACAUCGAUCCCGCUAAAGAAGGAUCACCAGCGCCUAAAUUUUAAGCUGAUAAUAACAAUAAUUUAUUUGAUCAGUGCUACAGCCUUUAGACUAUAUGUUUGUGAAAUAGAUAUUAUGUGAUAACUUCCGACUGUUCUUUGAUUUGCCUUAUCAGUUUCAUGUCAUCUUAUUAAUAGUUCCCAAUAAAAUUCAAGUAUUAAGAGGAACUUAACAAAAGAGGGACAAGACCGUGGCCCACUACAGUAGUCUAUGUAUAAAAGAUUAGUUUACCAGUUAUAAACUGUAAUUUGUAGUGAUAAUGACUAAUGAUUAUAUUAAGAAUAUAAACAAAUUUUAAUAAAAAACAUAUUUUAUUUCUAAAAUUACAGCAUCAUUUGGUUGCUAAUUACAUAUAUGUUUAUACUAUAUAAUAUUUAUUAUAUACUAUGUUAAUAAUUGCAUAUUCACUAUAUUACUUUAAUUAUAAAAAAAUAAUUAUUGUGAUAAAUUUAUUGUUAACAAUGAUGAUUAUAUAAAAGAAGGUUCCUCCCUGAAUAACUUAACUGAAGACAGACAGCCAAGUAUAUUAAAAAUAAAACUAACAAUACUCCCCUUUACCCAAUAUCAAGGCAGAAAAUCACAGCUCACACAGAUUAUUAUAAAUAAUAAUUAAUUGGAAAUACUUAAUCUUCAUAGUAAUUUUACUGAUUGAAAAUAAAAAAUAUAGGUAUAUAAUUAAUCUUCAAUCUCAUAGAUAGAGGAUUGUUAUUCAUAAACAUUUAUUUGAGCCAUACUACAGUAAUGCAUCAACAACCCUGCUCAAUCUCGACGUAGUCUCUGUCCUCCCCGGUGA